GUAACGAAACCCCAGGGCAGCUGGGCACAGCGGGGACAGCUGCUUUUGGGAUUCCGUUGCCCGCGCCGGCACCGCAGAGAGACGGAUACGGGGUCCACAACCACGGCACCCCGACCGUGGGUCCAGGAGGGGAGAGAGGGCGACUUACCGCCAGGAACCGGAGCUGCCCGGCAGCCGCGGCCGGGCCGGUUGUGGCUGUGGGUUGUGCCUCGGGCCGGGUGCCAAGGGGAGGGCGGCACGGCCGAGCCAAAAGGAAACUUGCUCGGAACAAAGCUCCGGUGGGGCCGGAGCAUCUGGUGCCAGCCCGGAGAACCCGCCGACGGGGCCCGGAAACACGAGAUGGCCCCGAGGGAGGGCAGCGGCACCUGCGCGGCCCUCGGACACCCGCCAUGGGGAAGCGAAACCGUGUGGGGAACCCCGCGGCUCCACGUGGUGCUCACGACCGGGGACGCUGCCGUUGGCCGAGGGGUGCCGCACCGGGCUCACCGCCUCACCCCAUCGGACGAUGAGCUCUACCAGCGGACGCGGCUGACGGUGCUGGAGCCGGAGUCCCCCAACAUCAUGUUCAUCGAGGGCUACAGCAACCGCGGGUUCACCAUCAGCGGGAACGUGGUGGUGGGGCCCUGCGCCGUCCUGCCCCGCACCAUCCUCCAGUGGAACGUCGGCUCCUACAGGGACAUCUCGCACGAGAGUCUGUCGCUGUUCCGGCUGCUGGAGCCCCGUAUCGAGAUCCUGGUGCUGGGCACAGGGGACAGGGUGGAGCGGCUCUCUCCCGCCAUGCUGAAGCAGAUGCGGGAGUGCGGGAUCGCUGUGGAGGUGCAGGACACGCCAAACGCCUGCGCAACCUUCAACUUCCUCACGAGUGAGAAGCGCAUGGUGGCUGCUGGGCUCAUCCCUCCGCGCGGCACCUCCAUGGGCACGUCGGGCGCUGCAGCUCUGCCCUUGCCUGCCUGAAGCCCCCCGAGCACCACUGGAGAAACGCUUCGGUCUGAGCUGUCGGAGCUGCUGGCUGGAGGUGGCUGCACGCAGGAGGGCUGUGCAGUGCAUGGACUUGGCUCUGCCCUAAACCCCGGGUUCUCACCCUCCUUGCCCAGCCUGGGGCACGGCAGGAGGCACGAGCAGCGCACCCACAGCCCCGCUGUGCCCGCUGCCAAGGCACCGAGAAGCCGUUGCCCCAGGGCAGGGUGGAGGUGCUGGGGUGAGCUGCACGCUCCGGGGCACGUCUUGGGCUCCGCAAGCUAAAUACACGUUAAUUGGGCACAUAAAGCAGUUGUGUGGUGGUUCAUGUGCUGUGCAUUCACUCCCUGGGCACUGUGUGGCAACCAGGGCACGGCCAGCACCGGUCACACAUGGCCACCUCUGCAUGUGACUGCAGCCCCCAGCCCCGGGGUGGCUUUGCUUAAUGAGUGAGCUGUGCUAAUGAACAUUUGACAUGAUUCUGUUGUAACUGAAGGUUUUAGCAGGUGUAAAUCUAAUCUGACAUGAC